GAUCACGACAACGUGCCAGAUCAACUUCAAGGAGGCCAAAAGCAAGAAAGUAAAGUAUUGCUACGCUCGCAUUAUACACACGUUGAAAGUUUUAUAGUGAAGCUCCAGGUUGUGGACUGGCUGGAUGAGGGGAAAUGGGCGGUGUUUCUCUUUGACAUGUAGCUCGGUUCAUAGACAGACAGGUAUCAGAUACACUGAGUGCCACACACGAUAUUACAGCGACUUCAUGGAGAACAAGAACGACCUCCAUCAGUGAACAGAGUGCAUGUGGAGUCUAUGUGAGGUCUGGCCAGGAUGGAAGAAGAGAUGAGUGGAGCAGCACCUGAAAUGGCUGUUACACCAGCAACUGAAGCUCCAGAGGCACCGCGGCGAGGCCGAGGCAGACCACGCAAACCGCAACCGGAUCCUCCUGUUGAUCCUCCUGCUCCCAAAAGGCCAAGGGGAAGACCCAAAGGGAGUAAGAAUAAGGCCAAUCGUACUACACCCAAAGAGCCACCAAAGGAAAAGAGACCUCGAGGCCGACCAAGAAAAUGGCCUCAAAAAGUAGUGCAGCAACAAGAGCAAGAGCUUGAGGAAGAAGAGGACCAGCCACACCUGCCAUCACCACACGAGAGCUACAUCUAGGCUCGGAACCUCCAGCGUGUGCAAUAAGCUGCAUUUAGACAGUUAUAUAUAGCAUUCUCAUAUAGGUUUAUUAUCAAUCACGAAAAAAAAAAAACAAAAAACAUAGAGCCUUAGCUUGCUUAUUCCCAAAGCACUAGUAUCAGGGAAAAACAAGACAAAAAAAAAAACCAAACAGAACAUUCCCCCUAAUAAUUAGACGCCAAACACCAUUUAGUGGAAGGUCAGCAACUCUGAACUGAGUACUAUUGAUUGUAUAUUCUCAUAAGUUUUCAUUACAAAGCUUCUAAACUGCAUCAAAACCAGUCGUGGAUAUAUUUAAAACCACAUUUGCAAAACAGACAAUAAUCAUGUGCCAAAAAGUGUCAACUGGAUUUGGGCACCCUAUCCUUCCGCCUAAACAUAGCCCAAGACUGGCACUUGCAUCAGGUCUUUCUCCACCUCAGACGCCUCAGGCAAACAACAUCUAACGGGUGCUCUCAGUAUGAAUUUCAAAACACUUUUGCUUCCAGCCAUCAUGGCUUUAUAAUACAGUAUACAUAUAUAUACCGUAUACGACAUGGUACUGAAUGAGUCACUACUGUACCAUUUACUUUUAGAAGUACAACAGCAACUAUUUUAUUUUUCAGCUGUUACUUGUCUACGUUUACAUUCAGUCACUUGGCCAAAACUUUUGUCCAAAGCAAUUUACAAUUGAGACGGAAUACAACUGAGUGGUUGACGAUUAAGGGACAUGGCUUGGCAGUGCCAUCAUUUCACCCACAAUGUUUAGAUCAGCAGGGAAAAUCCUGAACCACUACUUGUAUUCUAAUGGUUAUACCACUUAUCUCCAUAUGAUAACUAUAAUAAUAAUAAUAAUAAUAAUAAUAAUAAUUAUUCACUCAAGGCAUGCUUUUCAAUAAUCUCAAUUAAACUGUCAUGGUGCCUUUCUCCAAAGAUCAGUGACAUUUAUAACUUUAUUUCAAUGUUUACAGUUGAGAGUCUAGUUGUACUUGAAAAUGUGUCAAACAUGCUGAAUUUUACUAGUUGGGGAAAAAAAAGGGGCUUUUUUGUUUACAAUAACAUGUAGACUACUGGAUCAUUUUCUGCUGUGUGAUCAGUAAACUUGACGCAAUCGAUCAAAAGCAGAGAUAAAGUUUGAAACUUAAAAAAAAAAAGUGUUAUGGGGGAAAAAAGUUUUUUUUUUUUAAAAAAGCCUUGUGUUUACCACUUAAGUACUGUUUUUGUUUCUUUCAGUGAAUGAAAUGUGAGGUUUAAUGAUGCAAUGUACAAAUGUCAGAAUGCCUCGGUAGUUAAAUAUAUAGUCCUCUAUUCUCUCUUUAAUAUCUCUCUCCAAUUGGUCAGUCUCUAGAAUACUACAAUUUGUUGUGUUUUUUUGAAUUUUUUAUCCACUUUUUGAAUGACAAAUGUGCUUUUGAAGAAAAAUGUAAUAAUUGUACUUUUUUUUAUUGGCAUUGCUUAUAUACAAUACUUAUAUUGUCUUAUCUCUGUAUCCUGAAUCCUCCAUGCUGUUACCGUCAUUCAUCUUCAGUAAUCGCUUUAUCUUCGUCAAGGUCGUAGUGGAUUCGGAGCCUCACCAGGAGUGCCGAUGUUGUUAACUGAAUUAAUACUGGAAUUGCAUGAUGCGGUCUGGUCUGUAAAAUACAGGCUACCUUCAGACACAGUUGCAUGAAUUUACAUUUCUACAUUGAAUGAAUUGGUUUUAAAAAGUGAUGCCUCACAAGCCGAGCUAAUGUUAAGGUUCAGCAAGACGGAUUAAGCUAUUCAGAACUUGAGACUUUCUACUUUACUUCAGUUUUAUACAUAGGUCAUCUCAUAUUAGUUAUAUAGUUUCAUUCAUCAGUGUAGGAAGUGUAUGCAUCAGAAGGAUGAUUUUUAUGAUCCGUUGUCUUAUUUGUCUUUGUGCCCGUCCGUUAACAGAAUAAGUCUACAGUAUAUUGCUGCCUAUGUUCAUCUGCGUUUGAGGCAAUUGAUGGUUUUACACUGAACGAACGGCAAUGCCUCACGAACACUUUCAAACCAUGACUUGUUUUGAUUUACCUCAAUUUUAUGCAUCUUAAUCGCUCAUUUCUAAAAAAAAAAAAAAAGAGUGAAUAAAGGAGCCUUAAAAACAA